AUGGACAGAACGCGAUAUCACAAACACCCUUUACCUCCCGGACCAACUUCCUCUCAGCUCGAUCCAGAUGAUGAUAGUCUCGCCGCACCACCAGCUUCUCAGCCUGAACCACCUCAAGAACCACCCCCGACGACAUUAGAGAAACCUGAAGACUGCGUGAAUAUUCACCCUACACCUCACUUCUCGUUAUUGUGCACUAUGAUGGACAGGCUGAGAACCGAGGAAGCAAGUAAGAGGAGAGACAUCUUGAGUAGGUUUAUGGAUCUAUGGAGGAUAAAAGUGGGAAAUGAUCUUUAUCCUUUGAUCAGGCUUCUACUGCCGGAUAGAGAUAGGGAAAGACCAGUGUAUAACCUGAAAGAAGCAAUGUUGGCGAAAUGCUAUAUAGAAGUGUUAGGUCUAGAUAGACAUAGUGAAGCGGCGAUGAGAUUGAUAAAGUGGAAGCAGCCUGUAGAUGGGAAGGCUGAAUCGCACUCUGGUGAUUUCGCUAGAGUAUGCUACUAUGAAAUAGCAGCAAGAUCGACCGUAGAGCAAGGUCAACUAUCUAUCGACGCUGUCAACAUAUUACUCGAUCAGCUCGCUCAGGGGAGACUGAAACAGCAGGAAUACGUCCCUAUAUUGCGAAAGAUCAACCAACAGUGCACAGCAGCUGAACAAGAGUGGAUAAUCAGGAUCAUUCUGAAAGAUUUGAGGAUAUCUAUAAAAGAAAAAGGUGUUUUCGGGUGUUUCCACCCUGAUGCUGGAGAUUUGUUCAACGUUUGUUCGGAUCUCAAGAGAGUCUGUUGGACUUUAUACAAGCCAGAAAAGAGGUUGGAAAAACAUCAAGCCAACAUCGAAUUAUUUCGUUCUUUCCUUCCUCAACUAUGUUAUCGGUCUCCCUCUUCUUCACAUGAAGCUAUAGCCAAAUUGAUCGGAGGACCAACUGCCGAGUUUAUCAUGGAGGAAAAGUUGGAUGGAGAAAGAAUGCAAUUACAUAUGAGAGGUAGUGGUGCACAGUGGUUUUAUUGUUCGAGAAAAGCCAAAGAUUAUACGUACCUAUACGGAGCACAUAUAGGGGAAGGUAGUUUGACGCAACAUAUUGCGGGAGCUUUUCAAGACGGCGUGAGAAACAUCAUAUUGGAUGGGGAGAUGCUGGUCUGGGACCCUAUUUUAGAGAAAUAUGUAGCUUUCGGAACACUCAAGACGGCUGCUGGAGAUCGAGUGAACGAUGAGAACGCGCCUCGGCCUUGUUUUAAGAUCUUUGAUAUUCUUUACCUGAACGAUCGAUGUCUCACUCACAAACGAUUAUCGGAACGUAAGCGAUUGAUGAGAUCGGAUAGAAUAUUCAAAAAUAUCGAUGAUUAUAAAGGCAGAUUGGAAUAUGCCGAGGAAGAAAGAGGGAAGAAUGGGAAGGAUAUCAGAGCAAUGUUGGAACGAAUUUUGGAAUCUAGAGGAGAAGGACUGGUGGUGAAGAAGGCCGAUGCGAUAUAUCAAACGAACUCUAGAGGUGCGGAUUGGAUCAAAGUAAAACCUGAGUAUUCUGAUCAGAUGGGAGAAAACCUCGAUCUUCUGGUUCUAGGUGGAUGGUGGGGGAAAGGGGGAAGAACAGGGAAGAUAUCCAGUCUUCUUUGUGGACUGAGAGUGCAGCAGGAUGAUGACGGGACGGGCACGAAGCCAGAAUUUUCCACAUUUUGCUCGGUCGGGUCAGGUAUGAGUUACGAAGAUUAUGAGUGGAUCUUGAACAAGCACAAAAAUCAUUGGAAGAACUUUGAUAGAACCAAUCCACCAUCGUGGUUACAGCUUGGUCAGAUAGGAUUGGAUGAUAAACCCGAUGUGUACAUUGAGCCUGAAAACUCCUUCGUAGUGGAGGUCAAAGCUUCCGAGAUCGUUCCUGCAGCUGCCAACUACGGUUGUGGCUAUACACUGCGAUUUCCUAGAUGUCGAUAUAUUUAUUUCGAUAAAGCCAGUAGAGAUCAUCCUACAGGUGAUGACAGUCAAGAUAGGGAUAUGUGGAACUGCUUGAGCUUGGAUGCUCUGCUUAACAAACCCAAAAAGCGAUAUGCAGAUGCUGAAGGCGGAUCGUUGAGGAAAAAGAGGAAAGUCGUCACCAAGAAGGCAAUCCAACUUAUGACGUCCACUCGAGGGCAGAAACUCUCAGAUGAUCAGGUCGAAAGCAAUAUCUUUGGUGGACUUACAUUCUAUAUACCGAAAGGCACCGCUCAGCAUCCCAAGCAGGAUCUGGAAGCUCUGGUCCAUAAGCAUGGAGGAGAGUUUACUCAAGCUCAAUUAUCGGACAUGUCGGCCUUGGUCAUUUCGCCUGAUGAGAAAAAUCCUCUUGUUCGUGCUCAAAUUCGGAAAGGAGUAAGCGUGAUCAAACCGCAAUGGAUUUUUGAGAGUAUAGAAAGAAGGAGACCGUUACCCAUGUUGGAAGAACUACUAGUUUUCGCCUCUGAAGAAGCUAAAGAUGAUCGAUACUUCGGUAAAACAUUAGAAGAAAUUGACAAGAUGACACUUGUCCGUGAUCGUGGUGGAUCUGUCGGUCUGGACGGAGAAGAGGAUGAAGCUGAAAAAGUUGAGAACGACUACGAUCAAGAAGACGAUAUGGCUCAAGACGAACAUGAAGCCAAUAAAACAGUCGAACAGGUGAAAAUGGAAGAGGAAUGGGGAUUGCGUAGGUCGCCUUCGCCUGACUCAUCUAAACCUACCUCUCGAGCUACGUCUAGAGCUGCAAGCCCAGAUGAGAGUGAUACCGAAGAUGAGAGAUACAACGAGUCCAAAGAAGAGGAAGAGAACGAUAGUCAUGAAUCCUCGCCGGAUGCCGAGGAAGACUUGAGGUUGUUACCUGUCAGAGGUGUUGAUAUAGCAGAAGAUGCAGGUAUGGGUGAAGAUUCCUCAGUUAUGAAUUAUGAUGAAGAUAGCAUCUUCAAUCAUUUGGUAUUUUACAUCGAUACUCCUGAUAAUGCAACCAAGAAUGGUUUAGGUCCGUCAACACCUCCUGCUCAAGCCACAGAAAGAUUACAACAAGCUGAAAAGCUAUUGCGAGAGAAUGGGGGCAAAAUCGUGAAGGAUAUCAACGAUAGGAAGCUGACUCAUAUCAUCAUGGAUGAUGAGGAUUCUGGAAGGUACGCUGAGAUAGUGAAGAAGGCUGCUUUACCAAAGAGGAAACAUAUUGUACUUCCCAGCUGGGUGAUUGAAUGUGUUGACGAAGAAACACUUAUGAAUGAAGACGGUCAUAAACCGAAAUAG